ACUAGUUUGUCAACUUCUACAAACAUACGGAACAGGUUAGUACCUACAGUAACCCCAGAAAGAAAGAAAGAAAGAAAGAAAGAAAGAAAGAAAGAAAGAAAGAAAGAAAGAAAGAAAGAAAGAAAGAAAUUUAAUACAUGAAGAAAAAAAACUUUUUAAAAGUUUAUGUUGAAUUAAAUUCAAGUCGUCAUUUUCAUGUCCACUCUCUAAAUGUAAAUUUGAAUCCAAGGUGUGGCCUUUCUUGUUUGCGUAUUUGCCACAGCACAUUUCAUAUGGGAGGGUUAUGAGAGACAGAAUAUAAAGAGACUCAGCAUUCUAUUUUAUUGCAUUAAAGGACCAUAAAUCUUCAGUGAAGUACUUUAAACAAGUACUUAAACUUCAAACAAAUAUUUUUUGAGGAUUUGCACAAUGGAAGCUCAAGAGCAGCAGAUUUCAUGUGCUGAACUCAGGAUAGUCCUCCUGGGAAAAACUGGAGUUGGAAAAAGUGCCACUGGAAACACCAUUCUUGGUCAAGAACGUUUCACUGUUAAUUUAUCAGCAUCUUCUGAGACAAAGGUUUGCUGGAAAGAUACAAAACAGAUUAACAACACAAGAGUUUCUGUUAUCGACACUCCAGGACUGUUUGACCCCAGUUUUACUAUAGAGGAGAUGGUGAGCAGAAUCAAGCUGUGUAUGCCUCUUUCUACCCCCGGUCCACAUGUCUUCUUGUUGGUGCUUCAGCCUGGAAGUUUCACAAAAGAAGACCAAGACACACUGGAGAUCUUUCUUCAGAUCUUUGGAGAAGAUGCAAGUAAACACACCAUGAUUCUGUUCACACAUGGAGACAAGUUUGUAGGGAGAAAUGUCCAAGAGUUUAUCAGCAGCAAUUCAGACAUGGAGAAGCUCUUUGAGAAAUGCCAGAUGCGAUACCAUGUGUUUAAUAAUGAAGAUGAGGAUACUGUGCAGGUCAAUCAGCUUUUUGAAAAAAUAAACCAGAUGAUUUCUGAGAAUGGAGGUGGAUGUUAUACCAAUGAAAUUCUGGAGAAGGCAGAGAGCGCAAUUCAAGAGGAGACACAGCGAAUCUUGAAAGAAACCGAAGAGCAAAGAUGCAAAGAAGUAGAGGCAUUGAAAACCAAGUAUGAAGCAGAGGAUCUGACACGAGCUGUAAUGAAUUUGUGGGAAAGAUUUGAGAGGGAGGCAAGAGAGAGAGCUGAGAGAAACAACUACUACUUCAACACAAUCGUAGAGUUUUUAUUCAGUACUCUUGAAAAGUAUGUAAUGAAAAGAUUUGCUAAAUGAAUGACUUCAAAUAUUAUUUGUAUGUACAUUUUUAAACAAAUAAUAGAAUUUUAAAGUUAUUACCAAAUAACUAGUCUCUUUCCAACUACAUAUACCAUGCGUUUAUAUUUGAGUGGAGGUUAGUAAAGUACCAAAGUGAUAUGUGAUGUUUUUUAACUGUGGAAUGAAAAACUACUACUUUGUGAUUUAAUUUAUUUCUAGAAAACAGUGAAUGAACAUAUCUUGACAUUUACAAUAAUCUUGAGCAAGAUUGAACCCAGUGACUUUAUUUAAGACCAUUUAAUGUGCAGUGCAAAUACUGUUUAAAAUAUGUUUAUUGUCUUUUUUAAAUAUCUCUCAAUGUAACCCCAUUCAACAUACCACUAUUUUUUUUUACAAAGUAUGCAAAUUGCAUGCUUUUCUUUGUGUUUUUCAUUUAUAUUGUAAAUAUUUAUAUUACUCAAAUACAUAAGACAUUACAUAAGUCAGGCGUUCAUAAUCACCUAAACAUUGUUAAUUAAUGUAAUAUAAACGUUUCUUAUUUUCAAUAAUAUCAUGUCUACCUGCAUGUAUACAAAGGACUGUUAGUAUUACUAUCCUUCCUAUCCUGUUUCAAUAUUUGUUCACAUGUUGCAAUAGACUUUCACAUAUCAUCUGCCUACUUCAUUAUGGUUUUUGUCUGGCUGUUUGGUUCCAUAAAGAACUUUUAAUAUCCACUGAACCUCUGUUGCACAAAAUGUUAUUGUGAUCGAAAGACAAAAAUUUGAAAGAAAUGUAAUUGUUCUUUUCUUUAAGAUUGUAUGACUUCAAAUAAAGA